AUAGCAGCAGCAGCACCACCAGCAACGGCAGCACAGCAUGCAUUCCCGACAGUUAGACGCGCGCGCGCCAAUGUGGCAACACCUGCUGCCAGCUGUCAUUUUCUCUCUACUUAGCAUAGCACCCCUCCAUGCCGAAGUUGUCGAUUUGACACCACAUUAUAACGCUUCACCUGCCCUGUCAAUCAUCAGCAGCAGCAGCAUCAGCAGUAGCAGUGUCACAGCAGUUGGUAUGUACGCAGCGGCGACAGUGCCCGCCUUUGUGGACCCUUACUUGGAUGGUUAUGCCACAGCAAAUGUAACCGCGCAGAUUGGCACGCACGCAUAUUUACCAUGUCGGGUGAAGCAGCUUGGCAACAAAUCAGUGUCCUGGGUGCGUGUGCGUGACGGUCAUAUACUCACCGUCGACAGAGCCGUCUUCAUUGCCGACCAAAGAUUUCUAGCAUUAAAGCAGCCGGACAAAUUCUGGACGCUACAAAUAAAAUACGUACAAGCCAGAGAUGCGGGCGCCUAUGAAUGUCAAGUGUCAACAGAGCCAAAAGUUAGCGCUCGAGUGCAUUUGCAAGUGGUUGUGCCACGUACCGAAAUCGUUGGCGGUCCUGAGCGUCUGGUCAAGGCUGGCAGCACUGUUGUGUUACGUUGCAUCGUACGUGGCGCCCUCGAACCACCCACCUUUAUAAUGUGGUAUCAUAGCACGGAACAAAUAACCGGCGAUUCUGUUCGAUAUCGUACACAAGUCGAUCGAAAUAUACCCGAUAUUGAAGGCGAUUCACAUAGUACGACCGGCUCAUUAAUCAUUGAAUCAGCGAAAAAACGUGAUAAUGGCAAUUACACAUGUAGCCCGUCAAAUAGUCCCAGUGUGACUGUGAUGCUCAAUGUUAUAAAUGGUGAAUCAUCCGCAUCAGCUGUCACUUCAUCCGCUCCAGUGCGAAAAGCCUACACCGCCUGCAUAUUGGCAAUGCUCUUCAGCAUCAUAAUAAUUGGUGGGCAUAACACAUGACAUGUCAAUUUGCAGAAACGCAAAUAUAAAAACAAUAACAACAAGCAAACGGAUUACGAGGCAAAGAAGUUUUCAAAAAAUGAAUCAAUACAAUGUAUGAGAUUAGAGGUGGUAGAAGAAGAACUGUCGACAACAAAGUCACAAAGUGUAAUGACAGCAAAUGCAAGAAUGAAAUUAAUAAGUCAAACAAAAACUAAAA